AUAAACAACGGUAGGAAUUUUUCGUGUCCAAAGCCUAUAUUAUAGAAUACUUUUAUAGAUUGAAUGAUCUGAACUGAUUGCGAACGAGAGCGUAGAGUGAUCGAGAGAGUGGACGAACGAAUGAGCGAACGAACGGAAGUGCGUGAGCAAACGGGAACGAAGUGUUGGGGUGAAGGUAGUCCUGGUCUACCCGAAGCGCAUAAUAGAUUAUCGAAGAAAAUUCACCUGUCCGCAAUACGUGCAAACUAUUCCCAUUGGCCCUAGCUACAAUAGUAUGCGCCCGAUUGCAUAUUGUAGGGAAGAUUGAAUUUUAGUGGCAUCUCAACUGCAGAACCGGAGACAGACAGCUAGACGGCCAGACAGCGCAAUGGCUGUAGAUAUGGGUUAUAACGGUACGGUGCUGGUCGUGGAGGAGGAAGGCGACGAAGCCGUUGAGAUUCCGCUGGAAGAAGACGGUACGUUAUUGCUAUCGACUUUACAGGCCCAGUUCUACGGUGCGUGCGGUCUUAAAUACCGUAAUCCGGAUAAUAAAGCGAUAAGGGGUGUGCGACUGAGCGACAAUAAGCUUCACCCGUUCUCGCCUGAUUCCGGCUGGGGUAACCAUGUGUACAUAUGCGUGUUUCCAAAGGAAAACAAACGCAAGAGCGACGACAAGCUCGAGAACUCGACACCGAAGACGAAGCGGAUCGAAAGUAGGAAUCGCACGACGACAGAUUUGAUCGUGCUGGGUUUACCGUGGAAGACGACGGAAGAGAGCUUGCGCGAGUAUUUUGAGACGUUUGGUGAUCUGCUGGUGGUGCAGAUUAAGAAGGACUCCAAGACGGGCCAAUCGAAGGGAUACGGUUUCAUUCGGUUCGCUCGGUUCGAGAGCCAGAUGAAGGCACUGUCGAAGCGACACCUGAUCGACAGUCGCUGGUGUGACGUGAAGGUGCCUAGUAGCAAAGACCAGACGCAGCACCAGAUGCCAAGCAAGAUAUUUUUAGGGCGCCUGACGGAGGAUAUCAACUCGGACGAUAUCCGGGACUACUUCAGCAAAUACGGUGAAGUGACGGACGUGUUCAUACCGAAACCCUUCCGGGCAUUCGCGUUCGUCACGUUCAUCGACCCGCACGUAGCGCAGAGUCUGUGCGGCGAGGAUCAUCUGAUCAAGGGCACAUCGGUGUAUGUGUCGACGGCAUCGCCCAGACCGGAACAUGGUCGACAUCACGGCAAAGGCCAGAUGGGGGGAAAUUUUUCCAACUACGAUGAGCGUGGCCGCGGUGGUGGUGGGGUCGGAGGUGGUAGCGGCGGUAACGAGUAUCACCGGGGCAGUGGUGGCGGUCACGCCGUGGGUCCCCACGUCCCAACACCCAACAACAACUAUCAUCAUGGUAGCGGUGGCGGCAGUGAGGGUGGCGGACCCGGUGGGUACAACAAUCUGCAAUCGGGAAGCGGUGGUAGCCAACAGCCAAUCUGGAACUACAACGAGUACACGGCACAGAAUCGGCAAAACAGUAGCAACAUUGAAUCGAUGCCGAACCUGCAGGCACUUGGCAUUAACUCGAGCGGUCCCAACGGGCAGCAGAGAGGUGGUGGCGUCGGUGGAGGUCUACACAGUGGGCAUCACGCAGGGAUGGGAAACCAUUUGAGCGGCAGUGGUGGUGCCGGUGGAUCCGCCCCGGGUGGUCCGGGAAACAAUGGGGCGGGUGUAAUUGGCGCCCACGGUGGACCAGCGGCCGGUAAUAUGAAUCUCUACCAGAUGCCAAUCAAUCCUGCAAUAAUAGCGGCCGCAUUAAGCCAGUGGAGCUUAAUCGGUAACCAGAUGCACAACACGGCCCAGGGAGCGGGUGGACCCGGUGGCCCUGGUGGCCCGGGUGCACCUGGGCAGGCGAACGCGAACGUACCGGGUGGACCCGCCGGUGGACCACCGGGAGGACCGGGUGGAGCGGCCGGUCCCGGACCUGGUGCGUCCGAACAGGAGUACCUGCCCUGGAACGGUACCGGCAAUGGUGCACCGGGUGCUGGUGGACCGGCUGGACGGGUGGACCCAAACCGUCAGUGAAACAGCUCCGGGGGGCCGCAGACACUCCCUCGACAGUCUUUAGUUUAUCUGUUAAAAAGUAAAGUAUCAUAGUACCGGCGAUCCUGACUGCAAACUCGCCCUGUCUUCGAUCUCCCGGAACAUCCAGCCGACUAGAUGAUAAGGUUGAAGAGAGGAUGCUAAAGAUGUAGUGGGUUGAAAGUGCGUACAAGCGAGAAAGAGAGAAAGAAAGAGAGAGAGAGAGCGAGAGAGAGAGAGAAAGAACGCAAGCGAGACGAGAUGGGGUGGGUGUGAAACAUAAAGGAUGUGAGUCGACCGAUGAUGAAUGUGUGCUACGUGAAAAUAAGCGUGAAUAGAAUAGAGUGUGCAUGAUGUGGAUGUGUGCAGUUAGUGUGCAGCUCCCUCGAGCGCGUGUGUGUUUGUAAGAGUUUUCAAAGUAAAUUUACUUUUAAUAUUAUAAUUGCACCGGAUUGGUUCGUUCUUCGGAAUAUUCAGAUUAAUAUUCAAAUUGCUACCGUCGUCAUAAAUUAAAAUAGGGGCUUUGCUGUUUCGCUUGCUUUGAAGAAAGCUAUGGUAAAACAUUUAAAAUACCAGGACACGCAUCAUAGUGCCGAUUUGUCGUGAGUAUUUCGGUUUCACAGCAAUUGUGUAUCGAUUCAAUAAAAAGUUAGAACCGUUUCCUUUCCUUUUAUUUCAUAUAUCGCUAACACGACAAUACCUUUACGUGCGUGUGUAUGUGUGUGUUUGUGCGUGUGUGAAUGUUUUGAUCCCAUGAUAUCUGUUCGUGGUUUAGUUUUGUUUACUAUUGAAACUACCUUCGGUUACUUUAGCGUCCAGCAAUAAGAUUGUGCGUAUGUAUGCAACAAACACCGAAGGACCGGCAUUCGAGCACAACUGGUUCAAAGCACGCUGGUUGGCUGCUCGGUGUCGCGAAUGCCAACUGAAACGUAGACUGCAAUACACAAAAGCGAUGAUCGAGAUUAAACGAGAGAUCAUGUAGAACCAAAACUGUAAACCUGAACGGAAACACCUCAGCAGCAAUAUUAACUAUAUGAACUAACUUCAUCACACAAAACACACUGGCGGUGUGGCUACGUGUCCCGGGGAAUCAACGUUUCGGUCUGACUAGUGAUGCAGAGCAGAGCAGUGAGCAAGAAUGAAUGAGUGAGUUAAUUCGCAUCCCCACAAAGAUUAUUAACUCAAUCAAACUUAAUAGCGAUUUAAUUCACUCAGGGAGAUUUAAACCCCAUGUGAGAUGAAUGAGAUUUUUUAAAAUCAUGAAUGAAAACUCUUUACGUUGACUAUCAACUCACUUUCACUGAGUGAGUUUUAAUACUCGCGAGUGAGUUGAUAGUCGCCUCAUCGAUAAUAUAACUCACGCGUAAAAAAAACUCAUCUCACAAGCAGCCUCACCUCAAUUGAAAAGACAAACAAAACAAAUAUAAAAAGGAAAAGCAAUGCGAGUGUACGAUAAAAAAAAACCAACUUCCCUCUUCCUUCUCUCUUUUUUUUAUGGAAGAUUCACCCUUUAAAGACCAACUCACUCUGCAUCAAUCUUAGUGAGUUCGCUCACUAGUUCCAUCACUAGUUCUGACUAAACGAAUCCUUCCACUUGGUAAUGUUGCAUACAUCGUUAGGCUUUUACAUUGUACGUUUUUUCUGUGGGAAGUGAAAGAGCAAACAGAGCAAAUAAAAAAAAAUACUUGAUUGAAUGUAAAACACAAAAUCUGUCAUCAACGGUUUAAUAAAUAUAAUAUUAACUAAAUGAAGUACA